GGAGGUCAACGACACCUACGCUUCAAGAUCGCGCGAAUACAAGCUCGAUUCGCCACCGCUACCGUUGGACAAAUCACCUCUAGCUCCCAUACACCUUGGUACCUUGUUUCUUGCAUCUGAUCAUCCUUCGACAUCGACUGCACUCGCAAGCUGUUUGCAUCAAGCAUCAUCAUCCACGAUGUCUGGCCCAUCCGUUGUCUGCAUUAAGAGGAAGAGAGGAGACCAAGCUCCGGAUGCUUUGUUGCUGGAGCGACCCGGCAAGAGACGACUGAAUGACGCGGUGGGCAUUCAUGUGGCUGACGGGGCGGUCCAGGUGGACGACAGCAUUGAUACGGCCAACGUCGGCUAUCUGGUGAUCACCGACGAGGAUCAAGACGUAUGGGAGACGUAUCUCGAAGACGAUCCCAGCGACAAGGACUGGAAUAGCGACGAAGAUGAUGAGAAUGCCGAGGACUGGUACGGUGCUGAUUACCCGGACGACGAGAUGGCCUCUGACGAUGAGUUUGGCCGCGGGGAGCAUGGCUAUCGUGCUCGCGGUGCAGCCGAUGACGAGGAAUGGGACGAAGAUACUGGAGCAUUCAGCGACGACGAGUAUGAGCGUCAGAUGAACCCAUGGCGCAAACAGACGCCGCAAAGCUUCGCGAGGUAUCUGAAUGGAGAGGAAGAGAAAGAACUUGCAUGA